CGGAGAGCAGCCACGGUGAAGGCAGCUGCCUCUGCAAGACGGAAGGCUCUUCCCGCUGCCGAUGCUGCACCUCCAGGUGUCCGAUACAUAUGGGAGCUAUUGGCUGCGUAGGCACUGUUGGAGGCACCGCUGAUGAAAACAGGUUCCGUGGUGGAAUAAGAAAGGUGAAGAGAGGGGCCGGUUCCCUGGGGUUCCGUGUCUGCCAGCUUCUGCUAAAUACCUCUGAGAAACUCUGCUUCCAGCUAAAGGAAACCACCUGCCCUACGACCCUCAGGACCUGGCACAGGAACUGUCUGGGUGGACUUCCUGGAGAAAUGAAUUGGACCAACUGUAGGUUCCAGAACGCCAGAGCCAGCAGCAAUGCCUUCCUGGACGACCCCACACCACUGCUCUGCUCCGAAAACUUCACUACCUUGGAGCCAGAGGCUAAACUUGAUGAACUCAACAGCUUAGGCACUGCAGCUGCCGCCAUUUCUGGCUCUGUUGGUGUUGUGGCUCUCAUCUUGCUCCUGGUGGGUCUCUUGUCCAUGAUGCUGAAGAAAUGGAGACAUGAGAGACUAUUUAAGAAACAACUGAGGCACCAGACCAGCUUUCUCCAUAAAACUUCGGAGCUUUCCUGCCAUGCUGAUGCCAUAUAUUCCAAUGUGAUCAACCUGGCUCCCUGGAAAGGGGAUGACUUCGCUGUCUAUGCCAACGUGCCCCCUUUCGACCGCCCCAGGAAGACUUCACCAGACCGAGUGGAAUAUGCCUCCAUUGUAUUCCACUGAUGGGAAGCCAGCGAGAUGCUUC